AGUUAUCAAGAUAUAUAUUUACUAUAGUAAAGUAUAUUAACCUCUAACACUUAAUGAUGAUAAAUGUACAUAUAUCUGUAAAAUAAUGGAAAAAAAUAUUUUUACUCGAAAUUUCGAACUAGAGAGUAAAGAUAAUAAAUUGACGCUGUAUCAACAAGAAAUCGGUGAUGUUAAUUGUGUAGUAUGGGACGCAGCAAUUGUUUUAGCUAAAUACUUGGAUUACAUUACAUUCAGUAAUUUAAAUAAUAAAAAUACAACGACAAGUCAAUGGCUUGCUGGAAAAAAAAUAUUGGAACUUGGAGCUGGAAUUGGCUGCGUAGGAAUGACAGCAGCCUGUCUUGGAGCUCACGUUGUUAUGACUGAUUUAGAGAGUGCAAUUCCAAUGUUAAAAUACAACAUUUCCAUGAAUGAAAAUCAAUGGAAAAAUGGGAUAGGAUCUGUUGAAGCACGAGUUAUUCAAUGGGGAACUAAAAUUCAAUUUGAUUUUUCACCAGAUAUUAUUCUUCUUGCUGACUGUGUAUAUUAUUCAGAGUCCAUAGAUCCGUUGAUUAAAACUCUCGAGUAUUUUUGUAAAGUUAAUAAAAAUACUUAUGCUAUUUUAUCUCAAGAAGAGAGAGAUACUCCUGGACAGGUGUCAGUAUGGCAACAAUUUCUGGAAAGAUUGAAAAAAGUAUUCAAAUUAGAGUACAUACCUCGCUCUGAUCAGCAUCCGGUAUAUUCUAGUGAUGAUAUUCACUUGAUUAAAUUAACGAUUCUUUGACAUUUAUUCCAAUAAUUUAAAUUGUAAUUAAUUUUUAAAAAUAAAUAUACAAAUGACUCUUUUGAAUUUUUUACC